ACCUGUCCGUCUUCUCUUCCUGUCGAACAGAAGAAAGAGGUGGGGGUAAGGAGAAAAAACAACCCCAAAAGGCAGAGCUACCCAAGAAGAAGGUGGGAUUCGGAAGGUCAGGUUUUCAUUUUGUAUUCGUCUUCUCAGAUCCCUCGCCCCGAUCGGUAGGAGAACUUAGAAGAAGAAGAAGAAGAAGAAGAAGAAGAAGAUGUCGAGCUUCAGCGGUGAUGAGACUGCCCCCUUCUUCGGCUUCUUGGGUGCCGCUGCCGCGCUUGUUUUCUCUUGCAUGGGUGCUGCCUAUGGAACGGCGAAGAGUGGGGUCGGAGUGGCGUCCAUGGGCGUGAUGAGGCCGGAGCUCGUCAUGAAGUCGAUUGUCCCAGUCGUCAUGGCUGGUGUCCUUGGUAUCUACGGCCUCAUCAUUGCUGUCAUCAUCAGCACCGGGAUCAACCCCAAAGCCAAGUCCUACUACCUCUUUGAUGGUUAUGCUCACCUCUCUUCCGGGCUUGCUUGCGGCCUGGCCGGACUUUCCGCUGGCAUGGCCAUCGGCAUCGUGGGUGAUGCUGGCGUGAGGGCUAACGCACAACAGCCAAAAUUAUUUGUUGGAAUGAUCCUCAUCCUUAUCUUCGCUGAAGCUCUGGCGCUCUAUGGUCUCAUUGUGGGCAUCAUUCUAUCGUCCCGUGCAGGCCAAUCUAGGGCAGAUUAAGCAUAUUCACGAUCAUUGUGGUUGGGUUUGUUCAGGGUGAACCAUAAAUUCUUCUAGGAUCAUUAGCUCCGUUAUCCUCUCUCAUGUUUUAUGUUUUUAAUACUUAAAUUUUUCUUGUUAAAGAAGCCGGUAUAUGUUAGCUGUACUCUCACUGUUCUGUGUCGGAGUAGUAAGGUUGCGAUGGAAAAUAAAGCUUGUUGGCGGAACUGCUGUAUCUUCCUGUACUUUGUUUUGGUUGCAAUGGGGACGUUCAUAAAGCA